AUGCCGGUCCGUGUACACAAACUUAGCUCAAAACUUGAUGCGGUUACGCUCAGAGAAUGGCAGUCGGCAUUGAUCGGCGCUGAAUUGCCAACACUCCAACAAUUUUUUGAUUUUACCACUCACCAAUGUCAGAUGCUCGAAGCUACUAAUGGAAUUAGCGCACCGCCUUCAAAGGCAUCUCAGUCAGUUUCCAAACGCCAGUCCUCAUGCACAGCAACUAUACGCCCAAAGUGCAAUUAUUGCAGUGGCGAACAUUUAAUUUACCGCUGCAAACAAUUUCUAGCUCUUCCAAUUCAGCGUAGAAUCACGGAAAUACGUAGCCGUAAGAUUUGCGCGAAUUGUUUACGAUCCACGUCGCACGUAGCUAAUAAAUGUGCUUUGGGUAGCUGCAGGGUUUGUCAAGCCAAACACAAUACUCUGCUACACUCAUCCAGCUCCGCAUCGGAAACAUCUGAGCACAACGCAAAUCCCGAUGAUACCAAGCCGUCCGGUUCUGCCACAGUUCUAGCGGCGCAUGUAUCGGGCUCGAUUAACAGUAGCUUUAGUAUACUAUCAACAGCCGUCGUUCACGCCUUCGACGUAAACGGCUCACUUCAUUCAUGCCGAGUACUUCUGGACUGCGGAUCAGAAAUUAAUCUUAUGUUGAAACGCUUUUUAGAUACUCUCGGGAUUAUUUCGCGUCCGUCUAACAUAACCAUUUCAGGGGUAAACGGAACGAUUACUACAGCCAAUCAAAAGGUCACUUUAAAAUUGCAAUCGCGCAUGAACUCAUAUACAGCUACAUACAAUAGAGUGCAUCGUCGCGGACAAAGUGACAGACAGAAUGCCGGCAUUCUCAUUGAAGCGCAAUAA